CCAUCAACCACAAACCACAACAAACCCCCCCCCUUCGACCACCAUCCACCACCCUUCCCCAUAUUCCACCAUCUCCCCUUCGCGCUCCCCAUCUUUCUUUUCUCUCGCCUGUACAGUACGCCGCUGCUCUACAGGCUCUCCUUUUGCUGCUUCGAUUCACAACGUACAUUUUCAGUAAUCUUUAGUUUGCUUUUUCGCCGUCUCCCACCACCAUGGAAGAAGAAGUUGCUGCUCUCGUUAUCGACAAUGGCUCUGGUAUGUGCAAGGCCGGUUUCGCCGGUGACGAUGCUCCGCGAGCUGUUUUCCCAUCCAUCGUCGGCCGUCCUCGCCAUCAUGGUAUCAUGAUUGGUAUGGGCCAGAAGGAUUCCUAUGUUGGUGAUGAGGCACAAUCAAAGCGUGGUAUCUUAACCCUCAGAUACCCAAUCGAGCACGGUGUCGUCACGAACUGGGAUGACAUGGAGAAGAUCUGGCAUCACACCUUCUACAACGAACUGCGUGUCGCCCCCGAGGAGCACCCAGUCCUCUUGACCGAGGCUCCGAUCAACCCCAAGUCCAACCGUGAGAAGAUGACACAGAUCGUGUUCGAAACCUUCAACGCCCCCGCUUUCUAUGUCUCCAUUCAAGCCGUUCUCUCUCUCUAUGCCUCCGGUCGUACCACCGGUAUCGUGCUUGACUCCGGCGACGGUGUCACCCACGUUGUCCCCAUCUAUGAGGGUUUCGCUCUUCCACACGCCAUCUCCCGUAUCGACAUGGCUGGCCGUGAUCUUACCGACUACCUCAUGAAGAUCUUGGCAGAGCGUGGAUACAGCUUCUCCACCACUGCCGAGCGUGAAAUCGUCCGUGACAUCAAGGAGAAGCUCUGCUAUGUCGCUUUGGACUUCCAGCAAGAGAUCCAGACCGCUUCCCAGAGCUCCAGCUUGGAGAGAUCCUAUGAGCUUCCUGACGGUCAAGUCAUCACUAUUGGCAACGAGCGAUUCCGUGCCCCCGAGGCCCUGUUCCAGCCAAGCGUCUUGGGUCUCGAAAGCGGUGGUAUCCACGCCACCACCUACAACGCCAUCAUGAAGUGCGAUGUCGACGUCCGAAGGGAUCUCUACGGAAACAUCGUCAUGUCUGGCGGCACAACCAUGUACCCCGGUAUUGCCGAUCGUAUGCAGAAGGAAAUCACUGCUCUUGCUCCUUCGUCGAUGAAGGUUAAGAUCAUCGCUCCUCCAGAGCGCAAAUACUCCGUCUGGAUCGGUGGUUCCAUCCUGGCCUCGCUCUCCACCUUCCAGCAAAUGUGGAUCUCCAAGCAAGAAUACGAUGAGUCUGGUCCUUCCAUUGUCCACCGCAAGUGCUUCUAAGGUGUUGUGCGAAUUCGGGAGUAAAAGGUUUUAGGAGAAUCACCAGCCAAUAUCUUUUCGUGACAAGAGGCCUGUGGCAACUCUUAGUCAAAUUUGGGUUGAUUAGGUAGAGGCGCCAUUACUCCAUUCUCGAGCCCAUUAUUUGUUUCCUCACACACUCCACGGUAUCGAGUUUAGCUAGCCGUUGUUAUCCAACAGCUUUAUCUUAAAGUCUUUAUUCCCUUGCAAAAAAUAUUUCCUCUUAGCUUCUUUGUGUAUUUCAAGCUGGUCAAAAAUGGAAGUUUCCAAAUGG